UACUAUUAUAGGUAUUUAUUUAUUAUUAUUACUAUUAUUAUCAUUAUUAUUUGUUAUUUUUAUUAUUACAGUAUUACUAUUACAGGUAACAUCGACAUCAAUGAAUUCAAUUGUAAUUCGUAUGAUUGGCAUAAAUGAUAUUAAUUAUUUUAAUAUGUUCAUUGAAAUUUAUGAUUUAGACAGACAAAUAAAUUUUAGACAAACGCAGUUUAUAUCAAAAAAUUAUGAUCAGGAUAUAAUAGUACAAACAAAAAACAAUUCCAAAAUCAAUCAGUCGAUCAUUUUUGAUCAAAUUGUUUUUAUAAAUAAUUUUACGUCAAAUGAUGAUCAGCUUUCAAUUUCGGUGAAAACUAUUUUUGAGAAAUAUGAUAAGAUCUCAACUGUAAUAGUGCCAGAAUUGCAUUGUUCGCAUAUGGUACUUCAGCCAGCAGCUCAGUUAAUAAUGAAUAAUACACAAAUUCAUUUUAAUUUUAAUAAUUUUAAUAAAAAUGAUAAUUUAGAAAGCUUAAAUUGUACAUAUUUGUGUUUAUUCCCUUAUUUACGACUAAUUAUAAACAAUAAGACAAAAACAUUUAAAGCACGGGAAUUUUGUAAUAAUUUACAUCAAAUUUAUUUUAAUAAUUCAUGUAUUUAUUAUUUUUAUAAUUAUUUUAUUUUUCUAUUUAUAAAUCUUUUUUUUAUUGUUGCUAAAUAUUAA